UGAAUUAAUAGAUAGUAAAAAAAGCAGCAAUAAUAGUGAAUUCACAUAUAGUGAAGAAAGUAAUUAUUAUAAUGAUGAUAAACUGGCAAAUAGUAAAGUAAAUGUUGAUAACUCUAGUGAAUCUAUAAUUAAUGGAUUAAUAAGUGAUGAAGAAAGUAAUUAUGAUAAUAAUGAACUAACAAAUUAUAAAGUGAAUGAUAAUAAUUCUAGUGAAUCUAUAAAUAAUGAAUUAGUAAAUAGUGAAGAAAGUAAUUAUGAUUCUGAAACCAAAAGUUUAUCAAACCUUGAUGUUGACAAAACAAUGAUUAAACAGUUAUUUGAAAAGGUGUUUAUAAAUGAUGGAUUAACAUGUAAUUCUCCGAUGGAAAAGGCUUAUUACUCUGCCUAA